CAAAUCUUUUGACAAAAUCCAUUAGUAACAAAAACUUAGUACUAGAACAGUAGAACUCUCCUCCGUGACUUCAAUGGCGUGUCUAACCAGAAUGCUUCGCUGCACCCGUGCGGUCUCUUCACUGAAAACCUUAGCGUCCCCUACUCCCCGCCUCCGUCCCUUACCCUUCAAUCCAGGUCCUUUUGUGCAUCAUAUACACAUGUCUACGUACCAAAGUUCACGUUCAGGAUCAAUCCCCGGAGUUAUGGUUCCAGCUGUUUUGGCUGGAUUUCUUGGAGUUGGAUUGCUAGAUGCAGCGUCUGCAGAUUCUAAUGAAACCGCUAGUGGAAAUUUGCCGUCAGGACCCCUUCCAACAACAAGACAUAGUGAUCUGGAGGAACUUGCUAUGAAAGAGAAGAAUCGCCUUGGGGAGUUGAUCAAGGACAAAGGAAUGCUAUUUGGUUCUUAUCCUCGUUAUACUGUUGCAGUCAAAGGUCAAAAGAUCGUAAUCAAGUUUCAAGUGCCUUCAACAUGUGAAAUACCACUCCUACUCUCAAAGCUUGUUUCAAGCCUUGGUGUUAAAAUUGAAGGCAAUGGUUCUGGACCAGAUAUGAUACUGCGAGCAUGGGAUAGUGGGAUUGCCUGGCAACUGAUGCUAAGCCGUCCAAAGAAACGAAACGAAGCUGUUGCAAUGGAAGGGAAAGGAAAGGAGACAAAUGCUAAUGAUGAUCUUUGCAUUCUCUUUUUCCGUCCAGUCAUCACCACAGACAGACCUGAAAUUGAGUUCAUGAAGCCUGGCAGUUUUACAAAUGAAGAACUUGAUACCUUAGUAUCUAUAUUACAAUUAGCAGGACAUCCAAGAGCUAUGGAAACUAAACCAAGGGGAGAUGCUGCAAAUACUCAGUCUCCAAAUAAAACUGUUUCUAGUCUGGAAGCCAUGGGAAUCAAAAUUUUUGGAAUUAAUGAGUUGAACGGUGAUAAAACAAAAACAGAAAUCUCUUGGGAAAGUAUUGCUGGAUACCGCUAUCAGAAAAGAGAGAUAGAAGAUACCAUACUGCUAGCUCUGCAGAGUCCUGAAGUGUAUGAUGAUAUUGCUCGGGGGACAAGAUGCAAGUUUGAGUCAAAUAGGCCUAGAGCAGUUCUAUUUGAAGGUCCACCAGGUACCGGAAAAACAUCUUGUGCUCGUGUCAUUGCUCAUCAAGCGGGUGUGCCAUUGUUGUAUGUGCCCUUGGAGGUCAUAAUGUCAAAGUAUUAUGGUGAAAGUGAACGUUUAUUGGGAAAGGUGUUUUCUCUGGCAAAUGAACUUCCAAAUGGUGCAAUUGUAUUCCUAGACGAGGUGGACUCUUUUGCAACUGCUCGUGAUGGUGAAACUCAUGAGGCUACACGUCGAAUUUUAUCAGUCUUAUUACGACAGAUUGAUGGAUUUGAGCAGGAGAAGAAAGUUGUAGUUGUUGCUGCAACAAAUAGGAAACAAGACCUUGAUCCGGCUUUGAUUAGCCGAUUUGAUGCCAUGAUUACCUUCCCUUUACCGGAUCAGCAAACCCGCAAGGAAAUAGGAGCACAGUAUGCAAGACACUUGACAGAAGCAGAACUAUUUGAAUUUGCCAAAGCCACUGAAGGAUUUUCGGGGAGGGAUAUCAGGGAUGUAUGCCAGCAAGCAGAGAGGCAUUGGGCGUCAAAGAUAAUAAGAGCUCAAACUCAGAAAGAAGAGCAAUGCCCACUGCCGCCUCUUCUAGAAUAUGUUGAGAGUGCCAUGACCAGGCAAAGAGCUUUACUUAGUUUAGCACACCAAAGCUCGCAAACAGUGGUGCCGGGGAGGAAACCUCAGUUUGAUUUUGUGUAAUCAUUUUUAUCAUAAGAAAGAAAAAUAACAGUUGCACACAGCCACACACAUUUUAUCGCAACAUUCCAGUGUAGUAAGGCUCUGUAACUCCGUACAUAUGUUUAUUACAGUAUUUUUAAUGGUUAUUAUACGAAGUAAGUUUUAAUUUUAAUUGCACUCUAACAUAUUAGUCAAACACAA